AUGGCGAUUCAGCUCAGUGAUACCUCCCUCUUGAGGACUGAAUGCUACGUAGACGGGAAAUGGGUUCCCGCCCAGUCCGGCAAGGUCUUCUCAGUCGAGAACCCAUCUACCACGGCCCAAGUUGCUGUGUGCCCUGAAUUCGACGUCGCCGACACCGAAGCCGCCAUUGUGGUUGCCCAGAAUGCCUUCAAGACCUACCGCAAAACCACUCCGCGGGCGCGUUCAAAGCUUCUGCGUCGUUGGUACGACCUGAUGAUGGAGAAUGUCGAUGAUCUCGCCCGCAUCAUCACUGCCGAGAACGGCAAGCCGCUGGCGGACGCCGUGACCGAGGUCAAGUACGCAGCCUCGUUCCUCGAGUGGUUCUCGGAGGAGGCUCCGCGCAUCUACGGCGACACCAUCCAGGCGAGCAACCCAGACUGCCGGCUCGUCACGAUCAAGGAGCCCGUUGGUGUCUGCGGACUGAUUGCUCCCUGGAACUUCCCAGCUGCUAUGAUCACCCGCAAGGCAGGCCCUGCUCUCGCCGCCGGGUGCACGACCGUCAUCAAGGCCCCAGCCGAGGCACCUUUUUCGGCGCUGGCUCUCGCAGAGCUUGCUCACCGAGCUGGUAUUCCUGCAGGUGUCGUAAACGUCAUUACUGCCCUGGACAAUACACCCGCGGUCGGCCUGUCCAUGACGACGCAUCCGUUCAUUAAGAAGGUUUCGUUCACGGGAUCUACACCGGUCGGCAAGCUGUUGAUGAAGCAGUGUUCCUCUACGCUCAAGAAGCUGUCCUUCGAACUCGGCGGAAACGCCCCAUUCAUCGUCUUCGAGGAUGCCGACCUCGACGUCGCCGUUCGUGGCCUCGUCGCGUCCAAGUUCAGAAUCACAGGCCAGACCUGCGUGUGCGCGAACCGUAUCCUGGUCCACCGCAACGUGUACGACGCCUUCAUCCAAAAGGUCCUCGAGGUGGUCCGGACAUUCGAGAUUGGCGACGGCCUCGGCGAGAAGACCACCCACGGCCCCUUGAUCCACGGUCGCGCCGUCGCCAAGGUCCACGAGCACGUCCAGGACGCUGUCUCGAAGGGCGCGCGCCUCCUCCACGGCGGCCAGCCGCUCACCCAACUCGGCCCCAACUUCUUCGACAUCACCGUUCUGGCCGACAUGAAGCCUGGAAUGAAGAUUUGCACCGAGGAGACGUUCGGCCCGGUCGCGGCUUUCUUCGCCUUUGACACGGAGCAGGAGGCUAUUGACCUGGCCAACGACUCUGACGUCGGUCUUGCGGGCUAUUUCUUCAGCAAGAACGCAAGCAGGUGCUGGAGAGUUGCCGAGGCGCUUGAGGUUGGCAUGGUUGGUGUCAACGUCGGCGCAAUCAGUGAUCCUGCGGCUCCGUUCGGCGGCGUCAAGCAGAGCGGAUUUGGUCGCGAGGGCAGCAAGUAUGGAAUUGACGAGUUUCUGACAACCAAGAUGAUCAUGACCGGGAUUGAUUCGUAA